AUGCCAUUCAGGCUGUGGUGCAAAAAGGCUUGCCCUGAGCUUACCAAACUAUUUAUUAGCCUGGCCGUUCACAUUCUCAAACAAGGACCAGUCCCCCAGCAUAUUGCUUUUAUAUUAGACGGAAACCGGCGCUUUGCCCGCUUACACAAUAUGACAACCAAGGAGGGACAUCGACUUGGCCUGCAAAAUAUUGAAGACAUAACCACGUUCUGCAGUGACUUGGAAAUUAAAAAUGUCUCCGCGUACGUUUUUUCUACCACCAACUUCAAGCAUUCAAAAGAGGAUGCAAACGCAAUUAUGGAUAUAUUGAUGCAGAGACUAUUACAGAUAGACCAGUGGGAUUUGGUUUCAACGGGAAAGUGCAGAAUUCGGUAUAUUGGUAGAUUAGAGGUGUUAUCGCAAAGCAUGCGUGAUGCCAUUGAAUACGCUGAAAAUAUGACUAGAAACAACACAGGAAUAACACUGAAUGUUUACUGUCGAUAUUCGUCAACGGAUGAAAUGACCCGGGCAGUAUGCUUACAAGCAGAGGAAGGCGAGGAUUUUAGAGUUUCAAAACAAACAAUGGAGGACUGUUUAAUGGUUCCUGGGCCGGACUUAGAUAUUCUGGUGCGCACAUCAGGCAAAACUAGAUUCAGCAAUUUUAUGUUGUGGCAGCUCUCCAAGAUGGCUUACAUCCAGUUUGUUGAAGUCGAUUGGCCGGGAUUUUCUUUUACACACCUAUUUGCCAUUUUGCUGUCGUGGCAGCUUUCUGCCAAAAAAAUCAAGAACAAAAAACAAGUUUGUUUUUCUGAGGUUUGCGCUACUUUCUAA